ACUGUCCUGACACCUUGGCUGCCUUAUGUGCACUCAUGUCAUCCCCAAACAAACGAACCUUGUCUCCUUUGCGCUAACUCCUCGGACAGGUAAUGGGCGGCUGCGCUGAGUCGUCAGGUGUGAGCUCAGAGAGGAAGGGGGGGGGGGGGUGAUUGUAGUGGCAUCUGCCGUCGACGCCUCCUCACUCACUCUCACCGGGUCGGACAGGACACCAGCCUGGUUGACGAGAAGAAUUAAGUGUUACGUGCGAGGAAAAGCUUUCUAAUCUCUGAUCGCUUGGAUUAUUGCUCCAAUGGACGGGAUUUAGCCCCUGUCCGUGCUUUUUGGACACUAUUUUACGCACAGCGCGCACCGCCUUUUCUGCGGUCGUAUCCGCGCCCUUAGCAUUCCUGCACAAUGGAUUAAGCACUCAUUAGUUUUAACCUAGUUUUUGAUUUUCUCUUUGAAUCUUUUUUGGAUUAUUUAUGGACUCGCAUCAUGCUAAAUGAGGUGAUCUUUUGGUCACUGCAGGGCGCAGCCGUACAUUGGAUUAAGAGGCAGAGACUUUCCACAGCUCCUGGACCAAGCGCCCGUCUGUUCCCCUGAGACACUCUGACUUGUUUCCCACCUUGCGACUCGCAGGGAUGGAGAGUGAGCUGAGGCCCAGGCUCUGUUUCCUCACCAAAGGAGAGCGCGGAUACGGCUUUCACCUGCACGGUGAGCGGAAUAGAGGAGGACAGUUCAUACGCAAAGUGGAGCCCGGCUCCUCGGCUGACCUGGCCGGGCUGAGACCAGGAGACCGGGUGGUGGAGGUGAACGGGGAGAAUGUGGAGAAAGAAAAUCACCAUCAAGUGGUGAAUCUUAUCCGGGAGGUGGAGCACCGCACCAGGCUGCUGGUGGUGGACAGGGACACGGACAACUACCUCCUCAGCGAAGGCCUGGCCUGCACCGAGGACCUGGCCGUCGAGAUGGGAACCCUCUCCCCUCUGCUCUCGCCCACAACCCCCCCUUCCUUUUCUCCCAUCCCCAGAGAGUGUUCACCCAUGUCACCCAACCAGACAUACUCAUUUCACCCUCCUGCUGCAGACUCACCCACUCAUGUGAUUACGCAAGGCAAGGUCAAGAGAUCCUCAGUGACAUCAAGUACAACAACUGACACAGAGCUUCAGUCGGAGCCCUCAUCAGAGUUGAGAACUGAGCUCUUCCCCCGACUGUGUCACGUUGUGAAGGGGGAGAACGGCUACGGCUUCAACCUGCACAGCAAUAAGAAGAAGCCCGGGCAGUUUGUCCGUUCUGUGGACCCUGGUUCACCUGCAGAGAGCGCAGACAUCCGGCCCGGAGACAGACUAGUGGAGGUGAAUGGAGUGAACAUCGAGGCUCUGAGGCACUCGGAGGUGGUGGCCCUCAUCAGAGCAGGAGGGGAGGAAGUCCACCUCAUCAUGGUCGACCAGGAGACGGACAGGCUCUUCCACAGACUAGGGAUCACACCCACCACCAGCAAAGUCAAAGGGGUCUAUGUGGACGAGUCGGCCUCAGAAAGUGUCCCACCCACUCCGUCUCCCACCAAUGAAAUGCCAGGCACGGAAGCACCAAUCAUCAACGUCACGCUGACAGACUCCCCCAUCACAACGGUGUCUCCGAAGUCCCGCGUCAACGGCAGCUUAGCAUCCCAGUCUUCUAGAAGCUCCACAACCCAAUCAGAGAUCAGCAGCUCAGACAUGAGCAUCCAGGUGCCUGAUGAGGACGACAGGCGCGUUUCAGACCCUUUCAUGGACAGUGGCCUGCGACUGAGCCCGACAGCUGCCGAGGCAAAGCAAAAUGCCCUCGCCGGCCGCAACAAGAAGAGAGCGCCCCCUAUGGACUGGAACAAGAGACAAGAGAUCUUCAGCAACUUCUGAAUGACAUCACGCUUGCUACCGUAGGUGUGGGCGUAAUCAUAAGGACAGUACCUACAUCUUGGAGACGCAAAUGGAACAAUGAACUGAAAAGAUUCAAAUCAAGUAGUCACCGUUACAUAGACUGUGUAACGAUUCAGGCCCGAAGGAGGUCGGUGGGUCACGUAGAGUGCGAUGGCUGAACAGAAAUGGGACGGUCUGGUCUACGGAGGAUUUCUGUGAUCUGCGUCACCAGCUCGUUCCGCCGAGCACCAGAGCUGCUGUUGGACAUGACGAGAAGUUUUAAUGCCUGUGGGGUUUUUUAAUAUGUGCAAUGUUAGCUGUUCAGUUGAGUUGAGGCCUGAUACAUUUCUAAUAAUCUGAUGUUUUGUUCUUGUUACUUGCUGAGGCCAUUAUCCCUUUGAAAAGCAGUUUGCACACUAAGCACAAUGAAUCCAGGGAUAGGUCGGCCUGAGAAGGAUUUGACGCAAUUGGCCUUCAAAUGCAGCCUCUGAUGGAGGCAGCCCCUGAAUUGGGACACAGCAGCAGUUACAUUCAUAUAGUGCAACUAAUUAUUUCUGUUCUGUGUAAAAACACAUUGUAUUUAUCUUCUCUAGAUACUAAACAAGGACAUUGAUGAUCAGGAGACCAUCAACUGAAAGACUUGUAAAUUGAACCGGUGCCUGCUCAGGACACAGUGUUUCGCUUUAUUAAAACAUAUGUCAGAGGCAUGAGGAGUAACAUGUGAGUCUACAGCGUGUGUGUUCUCCUGUUUGUGUAUCAAUCAUAUUUUUUCGGCAUGUGUCCGGUUUUGGGCCAUGUUUACUGUAGAUGACUCUUUUAUUUUUGAAGUUUUGUCUUUUUCGGUUUGAUAUGAGUUUGUCACCCUGGCGUUGUUGUCUCUACAUUAACUCCACAUCUAUCAUUUCUUGUAGGUGUUUCAAAUAAUGUUUGAAAUUACAGUGUCAGAAUACCAAUGUAAAUGCCAUGGAAAUAAUAUUGGUCAUGAAUACUCAGUAAAAAAAAAACUGGGGGAUUAUUACAGAGAAAACAUGAAGGCUGUUUAUCUUUAUUUUUGAUAGAUAAUAUUUUAAUUACAUAUUUAUUACAUAAAAGUACGUAUAAAUGUAUAUUUGGUGUUCCCUCCGAUGCUUUGCAUUUCACAACUGUUAACCCAAUUGACACUAUCACUACCUGAUAGACAUCAAAUACCAAAAGUCAAAGAAACUUGAUACUUGAUUCACAUGCUUGAAUUGUGGUGGGAAAGGGAGGGGCUUGUGAUGUCUUGCAGAAUUGUAACUCAACACGCCUUUAAUUGAAUAAUGAUGCCAUCACAGGGCUUGUAAAAAAAAAACUUAGAUAACAUUAAAAUAAAUGUUGGAAGUAGGACACUUAUUUAGUCAGGUGAUCUGUGCAUGUGCAUGUGCCUGAUCUGGUUCAACAGAACCACUGGCUAGCCUUAUGAGAAGCUUUUCAUGAAUGAUGUUGUGGGACCUGCCCUGUCAAAGAAAAGAACAUAGUCUAAGAAUCAGGUUAUGUGUGCAUAAGAGUGCAGUUAAGUCUACAGGGCCACCAGGUUCUAUUGACGUGUGUUCAUCAUCAGUUGCCAUACACCAACAGGAAGAUGUCCUUCAAGGCUAGAGAGUUUUAAUUAAUUUUAGUCAUUUUCUGAUCUGAUCAGUUCGAUCUUAGAUUUAUAUCAGAACAUAUAGUCCUUUUUCAAGUGCCGCUGAGGAAAUGUCUCUAUACCUUUCUCAGGCGGUCAAAUCCAUGGGGACAUGAACAUGACACUGAACAAUCACACCUACAGAACAGGACAAACAAGUUAAUAUCAGUUUAUACGGAAGCUAUUAAACAGAGAUGUACA